AUGUCGGAAGACGGAAUAGAAAAGGUGAACCACUUCUGCCCUUCCUGCAAUCUUCCUAUACAGAUGCGCAAUGACGAUCAUCCUGUCGAACGGCAGUCUCAGAAGUUAGACGUCUAUCGCGAUGAUGAGAACGACAUCGAUCGUGAGGUUGAGAAGGUAGGACCCGACCACGAGUCUGUUCAAGAGUUUUGGAAGCAGCAGUGGAUAAGAACCAGCGGCCGGUUGAGUCCACCGAAUAAAUGGCAGCCUGUGCGAUAUGAAUGGGAACGUAUCAACCAAGGUUCGGUGCUCACCGCGGAUGGACGUAGCCACUUGGAUUGGUGCUCGUACUUCAAGCCCAUACGUGCACCUGUGUGGGAUUCUGAAAAGCUUCUAUUCGAGCCGCCUCCAAUCAGACUCCCUCACUACAUGUGGCGUCGUAUCAUUGGGAGAACCUGGGGCUUCUGA